AUGAGAGAGAGAAAGAGAGAGUUAGAGGGUAAGAUAGCUCUAGCAUUCGGUGAGUUACUUCGGAAGCUAUGGGCGCCUGGACGAACACCGGUUGCUCCUCGACCUUUUAAAACAAAACUUGCUCGUUUUGCACCUCAGUUUAGUGGUUACAAUCAGCACGAUUCUCAGGAGCUUUUGGCAUUUUUGCUAGAUGGUCUUCAUGAAGAUCUGAAUCGUGUGAAACACAAACCAUAUGUAAAGUUUAGAGAUGCUGAUGGCAGGCCUGAUGAAGACGUAGCUGAUGAGUAUUGGGCAAACCACAUUGCUCGUAAUGAUUCUAUAAUUGUUGAUGUCUGCCAAGUGAGUAUGUCAUCGAAAAAUUAUGUCAAAAAAUUGCUGGUUAAUGAAACCUGUAUUUCUUACUGUAAUUAUGACAAACUUGAGGGGUCCAAGUUGAAUUUUUCCUUUUUUCAAUGA